UGUCAUUGUCAUUUAUUUUACAAUUUUGUACAAGUUUAUUUUUACAUGUUUUUCCCUAGCCAAUGGGCCAAGAUGACAAUAUCCAUGCGGCGCUCUCGCACGUUGUGCUCUGCUGCGUUUCAGGACCGGGUCUGGGUCUCGUGCACAUCAGGAAUUAUACGCACCCGGGCAUGCACACAAACCUACUGAUACAUGGCAUCAUUGGGUUCCUGCACUAUCACGGAGGCUUCGGUGACGUCGCCAAAGCCUACAAGAUCAGCCUAGCCGCAUCGCGCUACCUUCCGAUCCCCUGUCUAAUGGCCGACCUGACCCGCGGUGAUGACGUGCGCUCAAUGUUGCAUCUCCUCUCCGGCCUGGUCCCUUUCAUCAUCGCAGCCACCGGCACUGAGGACAGACACUUUGGAGACCUCUUGAUCUUAAUUAACAUUAUAUGUCUAUGCAUCUAUGCGCAUGAGAAGCGUGUCAGCUGGGGCUGGUAUACAGCGGGCGCGGCUGUCUUUACUUACUUAGCUGCGCCGGUGAUCGCGGGGUUCGGGCCGAAGGUGAUAUACCCUCUAGGGUUGGCGCUGAUGGAUUAUUGCGGGUACAGAGUGCAUGGCGUCGCUAGGGCUGCGUCGUCUUCGCCUCCUCCUCCUCGGUAAUAAAAUGUGACUGUA